AUGGCGCCAAUGUAUAUGAUGCUGGGGAUGGUGCUGGUGGCAGUGACGAUUGGGGCGCACACCGCAAAGCAGCAGCUGGUACAUUCUCCCACCGUUCAGGUUAGUAAGAAGAAGAGGGAGUGUGUGCCUGAGGUGGAGGAACCAGACCUCGUAGUUGAUUCCGCAGACAAGUUCAUCAACAAAUCUUUUCUUAGGAAGAUAGCCCACAUUCAAGAGAAUAAUCAUACCCUGCCCGAUACAACUCGAGUUGAUCCAUUUACGCGCCCCCGAGAAGCAGAGACAUUAAAGUCAGUGGGGGUGAACCCGAGCCGCCGCUAA